AUGGACGGCUGCGUAUUCGAUGUGCUGGAGGAGAAGACGGAAAGGAAAUUAGGGAGCCGUUCGGGAGAUAGAAGAAGGGCAACGAAGAACACUCACAACCUGAAGACCACCGGCACAGUUGUCGCGUGUGGCGCAGUAGUGGUGGCUAGCGGUUUCGAGGUAGUGCUGUGGAGGGUGGUUCGGAAUCGUUUAUGGCAAAUGUCACAUUGA